UUUAUUUUCGGGGGGAGGAGGCUGCGAGCCACCCCCAGCCCUUCUUAAGGGGGAGCAGCACAGAAAUCAAACAAACAAGGGAACCAACUCGAGCUGAACUGCAGGACUGCGGUAGCUGGAGACUCCCAGCCUCGUGCCCUGGGAGGCCCUGUGGGACCAGCAACUGCAGCCCCCCAGGCCUGCUGGCAUUGUGGGAGGGAGCUGCUGUCCCCUCCAGCCUGGGAAAGGCUGCCUGGGGCAGGGUGGCGCUCAGCUUGGUUUAUGCUUCGGGUGUCUCUGGAAGCUGCCCCAGGCGAAGCAGGCUGCGGCCUACAUGCCUGCCCCAGGGCCGGCUGUGCGGCUGCUUCCCCUGCCGCAGGAUUUCUUUGUAGGGCUGCACGCUGCUCCCGCCGCGCGGCAUGGGGGGAGCCGCAGGCAGCAGGGGAAGAGAGGGUCUUUGCCCCGUGCCUCCAGACCCCUGGGACCUGCUGGGACCAGCAAUGUGUGAGGUCAGACUUCUGAUCAGUGCAAAAGGCUGGGAGCUGGGAGGAAUUCUGAGAGGAACAGCAGAAGUUUUUAAGGAACUGGGCUUCGUAGGGAAAGGACAAGAAUGCCAGAGGGAGAAUCAGGAAGUACUAGGAUGUGGUAGAAGAGGAACAAAUGCAACAAGACCACUCCAUGGUAUCCAGCAGUCUGAAAAGUCAGAAAUAUAGCUUCCUGCUUCCCUUCUAUAUUUAAGUGCAUAGAACUCUAAGAGAAUGCUGCGCAUGCCUAAGGCUGAAGGGAUGCUGGCUAGGACCCCAUCAAAGAAGUGGGUCUGGCUCGGGCUCUUUGUGUUUCACCAAUUUAGUCUCGGCUUUGCUCACAAGACACAGGUGGCCAUCGCCAAAAUGGGAGAAGAAGUAACCUUACCCUGCUGCUAUGAAACACGCAGCGAAGACAUCCCAAAUAACUACCGUGUCUACUGGCAAAAGAAUGUCACAGAAGUAGUGAUCGCUUAUUCGUUUGGGACUUGGCUCCCGAAUCCCAUUAACCGUUCCAGCCUGAACCAAAGAACCUUUGCUCUGUCAAUCACCCAAGUGGAAAUUUCAGAUGCAGGAAGCUAUGCAUGCAUAGUUCAACGUACGGGAUCUGUCAAGCUCUGCGACCAGACUGUGAUUCUUUCAGUUAUAGCUGACUUCAGCCAGCCAGCUUUAUCACUCAAAAAGCCAUCAGACUGUGAAUCAAGUGAGGUGGUGGUGAGCUGCUCUUCUUAUGGGGGCUUUCCAAAGCCCAAAGUCUCUGGAUUCUUCAAUAAUGUGUCUGUGGAUUGGAACACCAGCUUAACAUCUGACGCCAAAACCAGCCUCUAUAAUAUUACUGGCGUGGCACGGUUCAACGUGACUGAAAAUAUGAAUCUCACGUGUUCCGUUGAGUACAGUGACAGGACCGUGUCUGGAGAAUACCCUCUGACAAAACCAGACAACUGUGAAUCGUUUAAGGAGGAUCCACCAUCUCAUGAAGUUAUUAUUGCUUCAAUUACAGUCCUAAGUAUUUUCCUUGUGGCCAUUAUUUUGCUGGUGAGGUACUUCAGGUGUUCUGCCUGUGAACGUGUGAGGAGUUCUUACAAUGGUACUAGUCAGCCAACAGCAACAGAAGAUGAAACCAAAUUGGGUACGAAGACAACAAUGUUCCAGUUCUGCACAAUGACAUCUGAAACAUCUUCCUUCUGAUAAGACCACAUUGGCAGGUCUCUUAUCCUCAGUGCCCUGCACUGCAUUCCCAUUGUCCUCCAUGACUGGUGCUUAUUCCAUAGACCCUUUGACUCUUCAAGAGGAGGACAGAGUAGAAGAUAAAAUCUGCUCAAAUGGACUGGGAAGAUGUCUUUUGUGAAUAAAAAGCCCCCUACAGGAGCACUAGGAGGGUAACAUGCCAGGACCCUGCCUCUGCAACCCCACCUUGAGGAAAGCUCUGUUUCCCUGGUGAGCCGCAAGAAGAAACUUCAGCAGCAUCCUGAUGCUCCAAAAUGCCACCUGCUUCCUCAUAGUCUGGGAUGUUUGGCUUUGCUGCCUCUGGGGUUAAGGUGCGGAUGGAGGUUUGCCACAUCAAUCUCUCUCCUUUAGUGAGGAGGCACUGGGCCUUUGGAAACUAGAUUCCAACAUGCAGUCUCCAAGCACAGGUUGAGCCUCUGUGGUAUAGCUGUAGGCAGCUAUUGUCAGCUCCAUUCAUGCCUAGCUCGUUGGGUUCUGACACUUUGCUAGUGCAAUUAUCGGGCUACGAUUUUUGAUUGAGGAUGUAUUAGAGGACUUGGGUGCUGUUUCUCCAACAAGGAAGCAAAGUUCAGCUCCUACUUAGGAAAGAGCAAAGCAGAGAUGGGAAAAAAUAUGUUUAUUUCAGUAACCAUAACUUAAUGCAGACUGGAACAGCAUGCAUAAGCUGACAGCACAGUCAACAGCCAGCUAACAAACACACCUACUUUGCAGCGCUUGUGACCGUCUCGCCCAGCAGAAAGGCUCCUCCAACCAGUGAGCCAACAUGCAUGUCCUUUAGCUCAUAAAAAGGAGAGCCCAGAUACUCAGGGGCAUGCCUGACAUGUCCCAGCCCACUGGGUGUGGCUGGGCUUGCAGACACAACUGCCUUGUUACACACAUUUCCCAUCAGCACUUGUUCUGGUGUCCUGUGCACAUGCAUGACCACAUCACUCCACAGGUAACCCAUGUGAGAAUGUAACAUGAGGCAACAUAUGAUUCAUAAUGUCUAGCUUUAAAAACUCAGGCUGUGGCCCUCUAGUGCGAGGGGAAGUCAGCUAGCUAUAAAAAUGCAGUGGCCCUUGUUACAAUAGGUUCUCCACAGUGCCAGGGAAGAAGGGUUUCUAUUGGUCUCCCAUAGGGAGAUGAGCAGUAUAGGACUUCCCUUGCUUGGAAUGCAGUGGUUCUCAUGGUCUAUGCCCCCCUAUAUCAAGUCAGAAGCUGAAGCAUGGAAGAACCUCGCUGGACUCUAGCACUGGAUAGGACCUACCCACAUCCUGUCUGUCUGAUUUUAUUCCCUACUGUGUAGGAAAGAGACAUUUCUCAUUUUAAAGGGAAAACCAGAACCUAAGAGAUUUCUUGCACAAUGGAACUAACUUCAUUUGGCCCCAGCUUGUCCAUGGUCUUUCUUUGCUCUGCUGUUAAUUCUAUGUUUUAGCUUCAUCCAGCAUAUUCUUCAGCCAUGGGUAAGCUUUAGCCAGGAGCUGAAGGUCAGUAGAAUGGACGUCGGCUGGGAGGGUUGCCAGAAGUGCUGCUUUGAUCCCAGGCAGCUGUAUGUGGGCACCUGCCAGCAAGUUUGCAGCGGAGGUGCAACAAUGAAAUGUUCCAAAUCCCUUUCUUUCCUAAUAAAAGGUGGGUGUGAGAGAAAUUAGUGGUGGGAACAAGGAUGAAAACAAGGGUGGGGUAUAGUAGAGCAGUGGAAGACCAUCCUUUUUAGCAGGUAUGCCACAAAUUUAGCCCUGCAUCCUCCCUGAGUGCUACUCAAACCCCCUUCCCCUGCCUAAUUUGCUGCUCUGUUUUCUCCUGCCCUGUGCUUCCUACCCAAUCUGCUCCCCUUUCUACUUCCUGCCAGAUCUGUUGCUCUACUCUCUGCCUUACCUGUUGCUGUGCUCCCUGUCCCCUCCCUGAUCUGCCACAUACAGAGACUAACUAUGCUACUUGUGGUAUGCGUGCCAAAUCUGAGGGGAGUGAAAAAUUAAAGUAUGGCAAUUCUACAUGGCCCCCUCUACCAACAACCAAGCUGCUUAUUUAGCUACUUCUACUUCCCUUUGGUGUCCUAAGUUUGGAGAUGCUCAAUAUUCCAAAUGGAGACUUUAAGGAAGAGACUGCACUGAGAGUGGCUGUUAGGCCACAAACUGCUGCUGUUGGAAAGGAGAUGGUGCCCAAGCACUGCACAGAAGCUUUUGACCAAACACCCUCUGCCCUUUGCAGUGAAGCACUUAUACUCACUGGCUGACCAGAUGGGUUACUCUUGUGCCAUGCCACAGCCACAACCAGGGUACCUCAGAGUGCCAAAUAAGGCACCAUUGUGAGUAGGGACAGCUUGGCACAAUGGCAUCUCAAAGAGUUGGUGCAUGGUGGGUGGGUGAAAUGGUUUCCCUUAUUCUUGAUUUACUUCCUGGCUCCCUGCUGCUCUUGAUGUCCAUGGGUGGCAGGCAGGAGCCUGCCAUCGCUAAACAUCUACCUUAUCACUUCUAUACCUGCUUGGCAACUUAAAUCUUCAUGCCUGCUUUCAUACCACUCUGUGCGUUGCCCCACACUUCAAGCCUGCUCUCCUCCAGAACAUCUUGUUCUGUGAUGCAGCCCAUUAAAACAACCACGGAUAGGCUCCCAUACAGCCUCCUUCCUCAGGCUGUUCCAUGCUUGAUCUGUGAUCCUAACAAAAGGUCUCUGAGGGGAGGGCUUGUCUCCUGUAUAGUGAUCUCUUCUGUAAAUCGCCACAGGCCUGUAGGAUUGUGAAGAACAGCAACUCCUGACUGAUAAGGAAUUUUGUACUGACAGAAUUGUAAUAGACUUAAGGUUUGAUUAUUUUUCUUGUAAAACAUGAUCCGUGUUUUCUAUUGUCUCACGCUGUUUUCAGUGAAUUGCACACAAAUGGUUUCCAUGAGACCUUUUCAGCUUGUUUUGUGCCUGAACUUUUCACAUCUUAAUUUUUGAUAAGAUAUUCAUUGUAUUAAGAGUAAACUUACAAUUAGUUUCUUCCUCUUAAUAAUAAAAACAUAUGCUCUA